AUGGCAGCCGCUAGAUCAUCCCUGAGCGCACUCUCGCUCGCCUCGCGCGCCGCCCUCCGCCCCGCAUCGGCCUCAACCGCCACCCGCUCCGCCACCAUCGCCGCUUCCAGGUCCUUUACCGCUUCCGCCACCUCCCGCGUCGCUCUUCAGGGCGACGGAAAGGGCGACAGGGUCGUCGGUGCUUCGCCCUUUACCGAGCCCGCCGGCUUCAACGAGGCCGAAAAGUACCGCCAGAUCCAGGGUCCCCUCCACGACUUUGGCAGCUACAUCACUUCUUGCCUUCCCAAGUUCAUCCAGCAGUUCUCAGUCGUCAAGGACGAGCUCACCCUCUAUGUGGCCCCCUCGAGCAUCCUGCCCACCCUCACCUUUCUGCGCGACCACACCCAGACCCAGUUCCGCCAGUGCAUCGACAUCUCGGGCGCAGACUACCCCACCCGCUCCCAGCGCUUUGAGAUCGUCUACCACCUCACCUCGCUCCAGUGGAACGCUCGCAUUCGCGUAAAGACCUACGCCGACGAGGUCCACCCCGUCCCCAGCGCCACUGGCCUCUUCCGCAGCGCAGACUGGUACGAGCGAGAGAUUUGGGACAUGUUUGGCGUCUUCUUUGUCGGCCACCCAGACCUGCGACGCAUCCUCACCGACUACGGCUUCGAGGGCCACCCUCUGCGCAAGGACUUCCCGCUGACGGGCUACACGGAAGUGCGCUACGACGAGGAAAAGAAGCGCGUCGUCUCGGAACCGCUGCAGCUCACCCAGGCCUUCCGCAACUUUGAGGCAAACUCGCCAUGGGAGCAGGUGGGCGAGGGCCAGUCGUACAGGCCCAACGAGUUUAAGCUCACACCCCCUCAGCCCAAGGAGGAGGGCGACAAGAAGAAGUAG